AUGACGCUGCUAGAGGCGGGUGCUGACCCAAACGCAUAUGCCAAGUGUAGUGCGGUGAACGGAUACACGGCGCUCACUGCUGCGUGCGGGUUCGCAAAGGACUCGACUGUGGUUCGGGCAAUGAUUGACCACCUCCUCAAUUGCGGCGCGUCGAUCGACCAUCCCAACCAUUACGGUCGCACGCCUCUCAUGAGCGCGGUCAUCAACUCCAACGCGGCCACUUGCGACAUCCUCCUGCAGCGCGGGGCACUCCUCGACCUGCGGCACAAAAAUGGGAUGACGGCUGUGGCGUACGGGCUAAAGGCCGUGAACGAGAGCCGCUCCGACGAGGAGCGU